AUGAACACCCAAAUCGUGGCAUUCAGUCUUCUGAUUGGUUGGGCCGUAUUUUUUUUCUUUCGCGGCGUGUGGAAUAUCUACUUUCAUCCUUUGGCCGGACUUCCUGGCCCGCGGAUCGCAGCAUUCAGCUCUUUGUACAAAGCAUAUGUUGACGUUCUCGCUAAGAGUGGGUUCGUGCGGAACUUGGAGAUAGUACACGGGCAAUAUGGGGACAUUGUCAGGAUAGGGCCGAAUGAGGUUCACUUUGCCAAUCCAGAAGUCUACCAUGAGAUCUAUAAUCCGAGCAAUCGCUGGGACAAAGAACCAGCACUCUACCACAGCUUUGGGGAAGACAGGUCAUCAUUCGGCUUUCUCGAAUACAAGGACGCAAAACCGAGAAAGGAUAUACUCCAGCGUAUUUUCUCCAAGAAAGCCGUCAUUAACGUUGAAUAUCUCGUACAAGACAAGGUUUCCCGCCUCUGCGAUUCUUUUGUGCGGCGAGGAGACCUGCCAGUAAACAUCUUCUACGCAUUUCGGUGUAUGGCCAUCGAUGUAAUCACAGAGAUAUGUUUUGGCAAGUCGAUUGAUGCGAUCGAUGCCCCCAAUCAUGAAGCGCCAAUCGUAACAGCCAUGGAUGCGGCAUUGCCUGCUUUUAAUGCAUUCAAAUAUUCCUAUCUUUACAAGAACAUGAUCUUGAACUGUCCUCCCAAGAUAUCGAAGACGAUUAGCCCUCUAACAGCAGGUCUGGUAGAAUUACAGGAGCUGCUUAGAAACCAAAUUGAAACUGUUACUCGCGAUCCAGAGGAGCUUAAGAAGAUGGCUCACCCUACAAUCUACCAUGAGCUCCUCCGGCCAGAAGUUCAUCCUAACGGCGUGGUCCCUGAAACAGAAGAGCUUUUUGAAGAAGCACAGGCUCUAAUGGUUGGAGGAUCCGAGACAAUAGGAACCACAAUGAUGCAUGGCUGUUUCUACCUUCUAACCAACCCUGACGUCCUGCAGAGGCUUAGGAUCGAGCUUAGGGAAGCUUGGCAGGAUCUUGAUCAGGUACCGACAUGGGCUGACUUACAAAAGCUGCCUUAUUUGACUGCAGUCAUGAAGGAAUCUCUAAGAAUUAGCCCCGGAGUUGCAUCUCCUCUCCCCCGAGUCGUUCCAGCUUCAGGUACCGUAUUGAGUGGCAAACAUAUUCCUGGCGGUACUGUGGUUGAGAUGAGCAGCCACUUCGUCCACAGAAACUCCGCAGUCUUUGAUCGUCCUAACGAGUUUAUACCUGAGCGUUGGAUGGGAUCGGAGAGCAAAAAUCUCGAUCGAUGGCUCGUUAGCUUCUCUCGUGGACCUCGCAGUUGUCUCGGCUUGAAUCUUGCAUGGGCUGAACUAUACUUGACAUUCGGGCACGUCUUUCGGAAGUUUGAUUUCGUACUCGACCCAUCCAGUCCGAAGGAGCUGAAGUGGCGUGACUGUUUUCUGCCAGAGUAUACUGGCCCACAUCUCAAGGCGAAGGCGGUUCCUGUGAAGUCGUAA